AACUAUCUACUUCUUGCUUAUUGUUUUUGACAAUAAUAACAACUUUAAUAGGAGCUUACGGUGAAGAUUGUGAUGGAUGUUCAGUUGAAGGUGAAUGCCACUCUUACGGAGAGUUAUGGGUAGAACAGACGGAGAUUAUGUGUGCUUUGAAAUUAUGCCGUUGGAUGAGUGAAACUAGAUGGAGAGUAUAUACAAGGAGUGUGUAUUGUCGGGACAAUCUUGGCAAUUGUGUUAACACCGGUAAAACUUGGGCGAGCUUGGAAGGCGACCAAUGCUGGACUCGCAAGUGCUCGAUUACCGGAAGUAAUAGCGUUCAAGUCAUAUCAAAAUCAGGGGGAGAUUGUUUUGAAAAAUUUGUGAACCCGAAGAUUAAUAAGAAAGAUAUAAAGAAUGAUAUAAAAUUUGAAUUUUCGCGUGCGCAACUACCGUACUAUUUAAGUGAACAGCGGUACAAACUGAGUCAUACAAAAAGCUUAGAGAAUCCAUUAGGAGGAAGGUCUACAUUUGCCAUAGCAAUACGUGUCAACAUACGUCUUCGGAAACAAAUGAAGAAAUCAGAUGAUGGGAUUGUUCAUUGGUACCCUAUAUUCCAUACAGAUUAG